AUGAGCGCGCAGUCUUCAUCCUACAGCCGGAACCCUGGCCCCGUGCGACGUCCCUCAAUCGGCUCUCGUCUCUCCUUUGCCGUGUCGACAGCUGAACAAGGCGUUGCCAGCAUCCCGCCACCAGCAGAGGGGCAGAUUGAGGAGGAGAUUGCGGAAAUCAAGAGAUAUGAGGACUUUACAACAAUAGACUGGGUCCAAGAUGCCUCGCGCGAACAGGCACGGCGAAAAACGAGACAGAAGCGAGCAGCGGGCUUGUACGACCGUGGACAGCAGGGCUGGCGAUAUCGCCUCUGGGCCUCCUAUGACGCUGCGCAGGGCUGGAUCGUCGUCACUAUUAUUGGCGCAGCCAUUGGCUUGAAUGCCGCGUUUCUGAACAUUGCUACCGAGUGGCUGUCUGAUAUCAAGCUGGGGUACUGCACAACGGCCUUUUACCUGAAUGAGAACUUCUGCUGCUGGGGGGAAGAUAAUGGAUGUCCCAAUUGGCAUCGGUGGACGGGCUUUGGGCCGUUGAACUACUCUUUAUAUAUCAUAUUUGGGACUUGCUUUGCAUUCGCAGCCGCUAUUCUCGUCAAAUCCUUCGCGCCAUAUGCCGCCGGGUCUGGAAUUUCCGAAAUCAAAUGCAUCAUUGCGGGUUUCGUCAUGAAGGGAUUUCUGGGCCUCUGGACUCUGGUCAUCAAAUCUGUAGCUCUUCCGCUGACCAUUGCGUCUGGUCUGUCUGUCGGCAAAGAAGGGCCCAGCGUUCACUAUGCCGUCUGUACCGGCAACGUCAUUUCACGAUGUUUUGCUAAAUAUCGGCGCAAUGCGUCCAAGACACGGGAGAUUCUGAGUGCCUGUGCAGCAGCCGGAGUCGCAGUCGCAUUUGGCAGUCCCAUCGGAGGCGUUUUGUUCUCUUUGGAAGAAAUGUCGAACCACUUCCCGCUCAAAACCAUGUGGCGAAGCUAUUUCUGUGCGUUGGUGGCCACGGCUGUCCUCUCGGCCAUGAACCCCUUCCGUACAGGACAGCUCGUCAUGUUCCAGGUCAAGUAUGACCGGGAUUGGCACUUUUUUGAAAUCAUCUUCUACAUCAUUUUAGGCAUCUUUGGUGGUCUCUAUGGCGCGUUUGUCAUGAAAUGGAAUCUGCGAGCUCAGGCCUUUCGCAAAAAGUACCUCGCCAAGUAUGCGGUCCUCGAGGCUACCUUGUUGGCUGCUGGAACAGCCAUUAUUUGCUACCCCAAUGCCUUCUUGCAAAUCGACAUGACGGAGAGCAUGGAGAUCUUGUUCCUCGAGUGUGAAGGCGCCGAGGAUUAUCACGGACUUUGCGAGCCGGAUAAGCGGUUCCGGAACAUUGCUUCCUUGACCAUUGCUACUGUUUUGCGCAUAUUCCUCGUCGUCAUUUCGUAUGGCUGCAAAGUGCCUGCGGGCAUUUUCGUGCCGUCAAUGGCCAUUGGAGCGUCCUUUGGGCGCACUGUCGGCAUCAUCGUACAGGCCAUUCACGAAGCAAACCCCAAGAGCAUAUUCUUCGCCGCUUGCAAACCUGACGAGCCCUGCAUUACCCCCGGAACAUAUGCGUUUCUGGGAGCUGGUGCCGCGCUCAGUGGCAUCAUGCACAUCACAGUUUCGGUCGUUGUUAUCAUGUUUGAGCUGACGGGCGCGCUGACGUAUAUUUUACCAACCAUGAUUGUGGUCGGCGUCACCAAAGCUGUUGGCGACAUGUUCGGCAAGGGUGGCAUCGCCGACCGAAUGAUAUGGUUCAACGGGUUCCCGUAUCUGGACCAGAAGGAGGAACACAACUUUGGCGUCCCAGUGUCACAGGUCAUGAGGACAUCAGUGGUGUCCGUACCUGUCAACGGAAUGACUCUGGCCGAGCUGGAAGCCCUUCUCUCCGAGGACGAAUAUCAAGGCUUCCCCAUCGUGGAGGACAGGUCGUCCAGGAUCCUAGUAGGGUAUAUUGGACGAACUGAGCUCCGCUACGCAGUCGACCGCAUCCGCCGCGAAGGGCGAAUCGACCCCAACGCGAAAUGUAUAUUCGCGCCUCCGCCUGCGUUGAACGCCGUGACGCCCGUCACACCCAGCGUCACAAUAAGCACGGAUUUCGCGUCUUCCACAUGCCUCGAUUUCAGUCGCUACAUCGAUGCCACACCUGUCACGGCCCACCCCAGGCUUCCCCUCGAGACCGUCAUGGAACUCUUCCGCAAGAUUGGCCCGCGUGUUAUUCUCAUCGAAUACCACGGCAAACUAACGGGCCUAGUCACAGUGAAGGACUGUCUCAAGUAUCAGUUCAAAGUGGAGGCUGCCGAGAAUCCCAAAGACGACCAUCGCAUCAACCAAGGCCAGGAGCAGCUGUGGGAUGCGCUCCAAAAAGCGGGCUAUUGGAUAUCAGGUCACAUAUCGACCAUGUCGAGGGGCAGGAUUCGCCUCAGCAGUGACGAGGAUCGGGCACGAGCCCGCGGUCCCAUUCUAGACGGGGAUGAGGAUGUAGGCGACGAAGGCGUCGAGCUGGAAAGUCGAAGAUGA